GGAAUUUCUGAUAGUGAUAUAAUCAAGAAACAUGAACAGAGAUGAAGAUCUCGUUUUGUUUAGGGACAUGUAUAAGCGCGAAAAGAAUGAUCUAGCUAGCCUUCUUCUCCCGGUCCCUGAUGAAUUCGAGGCAAAUGGGAAUUAUGCACUAUACAGAAUGGCUUCUACCAAGAAAGGUCAAGUGGGAUUGGAUUAUUACUUGAUGAGCAAUGAAACCGGAAAGAAUGACUAUGACUGGUUGAAAACGCCUCCAGCUACGCCUUUGUUUCCAUCUCUUGACAUGGAAGCCAAUGAUCCAGAACUAGUCAUUCAGAAAGAGAUCCCAAUUAUUCAACCAGUUGUCACUCUAUCAAGGUUCACUGACAAGACGGGGGCUGCCAAAACAAGAAGUACUCUUACAAGAUCAGCAUCACCUAAUACAAAACCAAAACAAAUUGUAAAACAAAGUGCAUCAUCAAUAGAGAAGAAGAACACAAGAUUUUCAGCAACAACAACAAUAACAAUGAUCAAAUCCAACACUAGCAAUGAUAAUAAAGAAAGAUCAAACACAUUGCCAUCAAAUGCAACAAGAACAACAAAGCAAAAAGAUGCAAGUCUUAAUUUCCUAGCUUCCAAUUUAUCAAAAACAUUGGGAAUGGAGUCGUCUUUGAAUACCACUAGGCCUAAAAGCAGGGGAGUGUCCCCUGCUGGAAGGCCAAAAAUCCUGGGAGCUCAGUUCCCAGGAUUUUCUAAUGAGACCCCAACUAACCUCAGAACAGACCGGUCCCUGUCAGCUAAUAGGGGCCGGCCUAACCAAUCAACUAACCAAAGGCCAGUAUCAUCAUCAUCGUCAUCUUCUUCUACUUCAUCGUCACUACCAUCUACAAAACCAAUGAGACGACAAUCUUGUUCCCCCAGUGUAACGCGUGGACGACAACAAGAGAUUAGUACAACUAGUACAAAACCUCAACAUGGGAAUGGCACAACACAAGUUCUUGGCAGCAAAAUGGUGGACAAGUUCUUGAAUGCUAGGAAGUCAAUUCAUGAAGAAAAGGAUAUUAACAAGACAAAGUUGAAUGGUUCAAUGAAUGAGAGCCCUGGUUUUGGAAGGCACAUUUCAAGAAUUUCAGCAAAUUUGGCUCACAAGCACAUGGUAAGUGUAUUUGAUUUUUUAAUCAACUCAUGUUAUUAA